AUGUCUAGAGCGACUCACAGCGUUCACUCGGGUACCUGGUAUUUUGAAGCAAUCAUCACAGAACAACCAGAAGGUUCUGCAACUCGAAUUGGCUGGUCUCAAAUGUAUGGUAAUUUACAAGCACCUUGUGGUUUUGACAAAUUUAGCUAUUCCUGGCGAUCACGUCUUGGUACUGUAUUUCAUGAAUCUCACGGUAAACAUUAUACGAAUGGUGGAUAUAAAAAGGAUGAUGUCAUCGGCUGUUUAAUACAUUUGCCGUCAACAGUUGGCCCUUUCACACCGAUAGAAAAUCAAGCUUCAAAAUCUUCCACACCUCAAUUGAUGAAUACAUUUUCUCCCAUGAUGGAUGACGUUCAUUCUAGCAUAAGUGGUACGCUGAACUCAACAGAUUCAAGGAAAUGUAAUAAUAAUUCACAUGCACCUACUUUUCUUCCUGAAACUUACAAAGACCGUCCUUUGAUCAGGUUUCGGAGUUCCUUCUACUUUGAAGAAAAAGAUGAUCCAAGUAAAGCCGAAAAAUCACUGCGUCCACUACCGAAUAGUAAGAUUGUAUUUUAUCGUAAUGGUGAGUGUAUGGGAACAGCUUUCACGAAUAUCUACGCAGGUAGCUAUUAUCCAGCAAUAUCAAUAUUCAGGGCAGCCACAGUUUCUGUCAAUUUUGGUCCAUCCUUCAAACAUCCUCCAAAUGAUUUUCCAGAUUGGCAACCGAUGUCCGCUCGUGUUGUAAGCGCUUCUGUUGAACAGACUCUUUCCGAUUUGAUCUAUUUAGUAGAAAAAGAAGGAUUUAUUGAAGGGACACUCAAUUCAUGUGUUCCAAGAUUCCGUUAA